AUGGAGUCUCGUCAAGGCUGCUGCCCCAGUUUCAGAAGACUGCUUGGUCUGGGGACUAACGAGGACCGGGAACCACAGCAUGGUGGGAAUGCAGUGGUCGUGGAGUCUGGAGAGGAAGGAAGAAAGCCAGGGCUUAUACAGGGGGAUUUGGCUCAGGGUGAGCUUGAUCAGGGCAAGCUUGCCCAGGGCAAACUUGCUCGAGGCAAGCUAGCUAAAAAAGAGCUUGCUCAGGUCAGUCCUCCUCUGGAAGUCACAGGAGUAGUACAGGAGGGAGAAGAAGAAGAAGAAGUGGGAGAAGAAGCGACUGAGGAAGGUGCUUCUGCCUCUUCUGCCUCCGUGUACAAGAUCGACCAGGAGGAAGUCCCUGGCAAGAGUGACCAAGAGGAGCCUCAGGGAGGGGCAGCUACGGCGGCGGAGAACACCAGGAAUCCAGCAAGGGCUGGGAGCAGGGGGCCUCACCGGCGCCGUCCCAAGUUCACCCUCUCUCAGCUGCAGGAUCUGGAGCGCCUUUUCCAUGAGAAUCGCUACCCCAGCCUGAAGACAAGGAAGGAUCUCGCAAGAUGGAUGGGUGUGUCGGAAGCUGAUGUGCAGGAUUGGUUUAGAACACGAAGGUCCAUCUUCAGGAGAAAUAAUCGGUUGCUGAUGGUCUGCAAUAUGCCACCCAAUCCCCCGAACAAUGCUUCCUGA